UGCUCGGCUUUCUCUCGGUUGUGGACGCUCGUAAUGUUUCCUUCAUUCAUUGGGUAGCUACAUGGCGUGAGUUUACAAGCGGGUUGAGUUUAAGUAAGUCAUCCGCUUGGACAAAUCGAUAAGGGUUUUCAUCAAGCUAUCCCCAGCCAUGCCCUGUAUUAAAAAACCUCAAAAAACUCAGUCCACAUUGUUGGAUAUUAAGUCACAGAAAUGUGGACUGCGGAGUUCAGUUUUCUCUGUCACUGGAAAUGAAUACACCGGAGAGUGGCAGGACAACAAGAAGCAUGGCAAGGGAACUCAGGUUUGGAAGAAAUCUGGUGCCAUUUAUGAUGGAGAUUGGAAAUUUGGAAAACGUGAUGGACAUGGUACCUACAGUGUGCUACUGCCUGGAACAAAGAAAUAUGCAAGAAAGUACUGCGGUGGAUGGAAAAAUGGAAAGAAGCAUGGCUACGGGACGUGCUACAGCAGCUCAGCAGUUUAUGAGGGGGAGUGGAGUGAGGACUAUCGCAGCGGCUGGGGAAGGAUGUACUACGACAAUGGAGACUUUUAUGAAGGAGAGUGGCUGAAGGAUAAGAAUCAUGGACAGGGCAUCAUCAUAUUUGCAAAUGGAAACUGGUAUGAAGGCGCCUGGCGAGAGGGCAAGAAGAACGGUGACGGGAAGUUCUACUAUUGUGACAAAGGCCAGCUUUAUGAAGGCGUUUGGGUGGACGGAAUACCAAAAUGUGGGACCCUGUCUGAUUUUGGGAGGGAUGAGGCGCCAGCACCGACAAAGUAUCCAGUUCCACAGCUACAACUGGUGGAUAUGCAGCUGGUUUUAAGGGAAGCCCGGUCCGCCUACCUUGAUCAGUGCUGAAGAACCACAACAAGAGGAUCAACAGCCAGUUUCCACUCCACCACACACUCACAAAGAAAAUAAAUGGCAUGAUGGCAUUCAGCAUGUUCAGUUAUGUUGAUGUUUACACCCAAAUAAUGUGUCCUUGUCUGUGAAACAAACCAAAAUCAUCUAUUAAUAUUUGAAAUCAGCUGAAAACAAUAGUGACAUAAUUUUAACAUGUUAAUCCAAUGUAACUGUUCUGACAAUAGAAGGCUUCUAACUCUCAUUAUAACAUAACAGAAUGGUUCAAUUACAUACAUUAAGUGAAACAACUAAUGAUUACUUAAUUCAUUACAUUAGACCUACUUGAUACAACGUAAACACACAAUCAAAGGUUAUUAAAGCUGGUCAUGUGAUAAAUUCAACACUAGUAUAUAUAGAAUAUACAAAUUACACGUCCGCUUAUUUGUUCUU